UUACUUUUUUUACUUUUAGUUAUUUGCGAAAGCAGAUAAAGACAUUUAGUUCUACUCUUAUAAUUAUCUUGUUAAGAAAUUUAUUCAAAUAAUUUAUAGUCUUGGGAAAAAACUAUAAAAAAUGGAUAUUCGCUUUGAUGGGAAACGGGCGUUAGUAACUGGAGCUGGGAAAGGUAUUGGAAAGGCUGUUGCUAUUAGAUUGGCGGAAUGUGGUGCGGAGGUGAUCGCAGUCAGCAGAACUCAUUCAGAUUUAGAAGAACUGGAAAAAUGUAAUAAUAAGAUAAAGACUGUUCUUUUGGAUAUUAGUAAUUGGGAAAAAACUAAGACCACUAUUUCAGAUCUUGAACCUAUUGAUUUGCUUGUUAAUAAUGCCGCUAUAGCAAAAGACAAAGAGUUUGGUGACUUGUCGGAAGAGGAAAUUGACGAAUCAUACAAUAUCAAUGUGAAGGCAAUAAUAAAUAUAUCCCAG